AUGCCCUGCUCCUGUGUCAAAACCAUGGGGAACUCCAUUGGUUGUGUAAGACCUCAACCUCCAGAGGGGCAGCAUCCAGGAGCGGCCCCGCGUUCACCAAAGAGGCGACUGCGUUUUCGACGAAAGCAUAAAAACAAGAAAUCCAAGAAGGGGGAUGUGGACUCUGAUGAGUACAAACCUCGAGAGGAAGAUCAAGAAGACCAAGAAGACAAUGAAGAAGAUGUGGAAGAAAGGGAAACGGAUUCAAAAGUGUGCAAGCCUAGUCUUUUAUCAGUGCCUGUCUUUUCGCCAAGCAAUACUUUGUCCCCUAUGGUUUACAGCAAUAGGACAAUUGAGUCGUCACCUAAACCGAGCCCAGCGUGGAAAGGCGUCUUCUGCUAUCCAGGCGAGGAGGACUCCGUCAGUGCCAUUGUGGAUGUUUCCAGCAUUCCCAGCCAAACCACCACCACCUCUCCCAUCAACACUGCUGUUCCGUUGCUGGGUAGCACCACGCCAGGCGGAGGCAGGGUCCUCAGAGUCAAGGGUAAGGUGCAAGGCGAAAUUGAAAAACCGUGGAUUUUACAGCCAAAGAAGGAGACGCACGGCAAAGAAUGUGCAAAGAAGGACGUUAAGGAGAAGCCGGAGAAAAAAGCUCCAUCAGAAAAGGAGCGUAAAGGCGUGGUCCAUAUCCGCGAAGUCGAUGGUAAACUCUGCGUGGUCCGGACGGUUUAUCCAAGUGACUAUGGCUCCCCAGUUUGGAGAGGCGACACCGAGACACCUGGAGAUGUCAAAGUUCUGCAUCCAAACAUGACUCCGACACGAAUGGGAGAACUUACUUUCCCAAAACUGGAUAUCACGUCAAAGGGAACGCCUUUUGGAACGCCAGGCGGUGCGUCCCAGCGUUCCCCGUCUCUGCUGGAGUCCGGAUACACCAGCGACUUGCCGCUGACGUCGCCAGGGACAACGGGGACCACGCCCAGUCAAACGGAGUGGGUCGUCCCGGAAACGAGUUCAUCCGAGAGACUGGACUCAGCGAUGGACAGUUGUCAGUCGCCACAGCAACCAGUCCAAACCACGCCCCUUCCCAAGAUUUCGGAGAUCUACGUGAGCGGCGAGUCUGGAGACCUCACGGCCAAAGAGAAGCUGCUGCUGUGGAGUCAGAAGGCCACAGAGGGGUACCCCGGCCUGCGCUGCUCCAACUUCAGCUCGUCUUGGAGCGACGGACGCAUGUUCAACGCUCUGCUGCAUCGAUACAGACCCGACCUGAUUGACAUGAAGCUGCUGGAGCGACAGAGCAACAGAGAAAACCUGGAGCAGGCCUUCGAGAUCGCCGAGUCUUUAGGAGUCACACGACUGCUCGACGCUGAAGAUGUGGACGUUCCAUCUCCGGACGAGAAGUCGGUCAUCACAUACGUCUCAUCCAUCUACGACGCCUUUCCAAAGAUCCCCGAGGGAGGGGAGGGCGUGGCCGCUCACGAGGUGGACCAGCGGUGGUCCGAGUACCAGGCCCGGUUUUCGUCUCUGCUGCAGUGGAGCCGCCAGCACACGGCCCUCAUGGCCAACAAGAACUUCCCCCAAAACCCUGUGGAACUCAAGGCACUUUACAACGAGUAUGUCCAUUUCAAAGAGACAGAAAUCCCCUCAAAAGAGAAAGAAAAAGGUCACAUCGAGCAUCUCUACAAACUACUGGAGGUGUGGAUAGAGUUUGGUCGUAUUAAACUUCCUCAGGGCCUCCAUCCAAACGACUUGGAAGAGGAGUGGGGGAAACUCAUCCUGGAAAUGCUGGAGCGAGAAAAGGCUCUGAGACCAGCUGUCGAUAGACUGGAGCUGCUGCUACAAAGAGCCAAUAAGAUCCAGAACAUGGCCCUGGACUGUGAGGAGAAACUGACGCUAGCCAAGAACACGCUACAAGCCGACAUGUCGCGGGUGGAAAGCGGUCAGACGGUGCAGUGCGAGCGGGAAAUGGCGUGUUACCUUCAGGACUGCGAGUCUCUCAUCAGGAACCUGAACCAGGAGCUGAAGGUUCUCAGGGACGAGCGGUACUACCAGGUGGAGCAGCUGGCCUUCAGGGUGUCGUGCCUGCAGGAGGAGCUGGUCUCCCUCCGGCUGCAGUGCUCCAGUCUCUACAGAAAAGGUCACUUUGGUCAGACGGUGGGCACAGAGCUGACACAGAGGCCCCAAGACAGAGGUCUCUCUCUGGGGCAGACUCUGCUGGGGGCCGUGGGAGCCGUGGGGAUGAUGGGAGCGGCUCUGCUGAGGCGGCCCAUGGAUCGCUCUCAGCUCGUGGCCAUGUCGUCUUCAGAGGACGAGGGCAGUCUGCGGUUCAUCUACGAGCUGCUGGGAUGGGUGGAGGAGACUCAGGACGUGCUGGAGCAGGCGGAGUGGGGCGCUGACCUGCCGUCUGUGGAGAAACACCUGACGGAGCACAACGCCGUCCACACCGCGGUGGAGGAGCUGAUGAGCGGCCUGCAGGAGGCGCGCAGCUACGAGUCCAAAGUGUCUCCAAACUUCAAGAGCAGUUACUCGGAGACGCUGGCGAAGCUGGAGCAUCAGUACUGCAAACUGCUGGAACAGUCGUCGUGGCGCCUACGGAGUCUGGAGAGUCUUCACGGGUUUGUGUCUCGCUGCACCGAGGAGCUGAUCUGGCUCAACGAGAGAGAGGAGGAGGAGCUGCCCUUCGACUGGAGCCACCACAACCACAACAUGAGCGGCAAGAGGCAGAUACACACUGAAACGAGGUUAGAGCUGGAGGACAAACAGGAAGUGAUGCGGUCGCUCCAGGAAACGGCCGGACGCCUGUGUCAGGAGAACCAUCCCGCCAAACAAACCGUAGAGGCCUACAGCGCUGCUCUGCAGACUCAGUGGCAGUGGGUGAAGCAGCUCUGUGUCUGUGUGGAGCAACAUCUCAAAGACAACACUGCGUACUUCCAGUUCAUGAGCGACGCCCGGGACAGCGAGUCGUACCUGCGGCAGCUCCAGGACACUAUAAAGAGACAGUACACCUGUGACAAGAGCAGCAGACUCAGCAAACUGGAGGAUCUCCUGCAGGACUCUAUGGAGGAGAAGGAGCAGCUGAUCGAGUACCGGCGCGCAGUGGCCGGUCUGGUGGGACGAGCCAAGAGUGUGGUCCAGCUCAAGCCUCGCAGCGCAGACACCCCCCUGGCCUCCACCACCCCCAUCAAAGCCAUAUGUGACUACAAGCAGAUAGAGAUCACCAUAAACAGCGGAGAGGAGUGUGUUCUGGAGGACAACUCACAUCGGACCAAAUGGAAAGUGAUCAGUCCGACGGGAAACGAGGCCAUGGUCCCCUCCGUGUGCUUCACCAUCCCCCCUCCCAACCAGGACGCCAUCGACACGGCUGCCCGGGCCGAGCAGCUGUACCAGAAGGUGAUGUCUCUGUGGCACCAGCUCCACGUCAACAUGAAGAGUGUGGUCUCCUGGAACUAUCUGCUCAAAGACAUCCGCACGAUCUCUGCAUGGAGCCUGGACACGGUGCGCUGUCAGUCCCCGUCAGAGCGGCAGCAGACCCUGGAGCACUUGGAGUCUCACUGGUCGGACUUUGUGAGCGACAGUAAAGAGAGCGCCCUCUUCAGCGUGGAGGACAGACAGGCGCUAGAGCGGGACGUCCUGCAGGCUCAGCAGCACUGCCAGGACCUCCUGCUCAACAUGGAGACAGAGGAGAAGGACGAGUCGGUGUCGCGGUCGUACCUGUCGGAGCUGCAGAACAUCACUUUACGUUUAAAUGAAGCCGAACAGAGACUGACGAGGAGCAUCCAGACGCCUCUGCCCAUCCUCCUGACCUCUGAACCCAGGGACCUCUCCCAGCACGGCCUGCACAUCACAGAGCAGGAGACGCUGCUGCUGGAGCUGGACGGCCUGCGCUCCGGUCUCGGCGAUGUUUCUCGACGCUGCGUUCGUUUCUUUGAGGAAAAGCCGUCGUCGUCCAGCAUCCCGGCGCUCCGCUCUGAACUCAACUACGCUGUGGAGAAAACCGACAAACUGCACAACCUUUCCUCCGUCUUCCUGCAAAAGCUAAAGACUGUCGAUGUUUUGAUACAAAGCCUGGACGAAGCGGAGGGUCAGGUCAGAAAGUACGAGAGCAGACUGAGCGAAGAAGACAUCGUUCCUCCUGACACGGCGGCCAUUAGGACCCUCAGAGACCAGCUGCAGAGAUGGCAGACUGAGGUGUCGGAUCAGGAGGGAGUGUUCCAGUCUCUGCAGUCUGAGGUGGUCCAGGCCAAAGAGGCGGGGUCUCAGCUCAGCAGGAUCCAUCCGGACCGCAGCCCAGAACUGGACCGAUACCAGGAGAAGGCCAACCAGAUGAUUGACAGGUGGAGCAGCGUCAAGAGGCAGAUAGACUCCAGACAAACGGAGCUGGAGGCCCUGUGCUCGUCUCUGCAGCUGUACAGAGACGGACACUCGGCUUUGAUCAAAUGGAUCGAGGAAACCACAGACCGACAGGAGAACACCCACCCGAGCCAAAGCGACAGCAAGGCGCUGUCCGAGCAACUGGCCCAACAGACGGCCUUAGUUGCUGAAAUAGAAAGAAAUCAGACCAAACUGGACGAGUGCCAGACCCACUCCAAACAGUACUGCACGGCUGUGAAGGAUUAUGAACUUCAGCUGAUGACGUACCGAGCCUUCGUGGAGUCCACUCACAAAUCCAACGUCACGAGAAGAAGGUUGCACUCUUCCUCAGACGCCGUCACUCAGGAGUUCAUGGACUUACGCACACGCUACACGGCGCUGGUCACUCUCACCACGCAACACGUCAAGUACAUCAGCGACGCCCUCCGCAGACUGGAGGAGGAAGAGAAAGAGGUAGAGGAGGAGAAGCAGGCCAGAGUGGGUCAGGUGUCGGAUCUUUUGGGAUGGGUCAAAGGCCUCCAGGGACGAACGGGAGGUCCCAACGCCGAGUCCUCUCUCGCUGCUCAACAGGCCAUCACUGAACAGCUCGCCUCCAAAAAGGAUGAAGUCGCUGAAGCCAUCCGAAGCACAGAAGUCUUCCUCAAGUCUAAACAAGCUAGCAAAUUGUCCCCAGAGGAGCGCAGACAAGUGGAGGCUCAGCUGGACGACCUGAAAGCCACUUACAACCAGCUCUGCACCUCCUCCAAUCAACAACUGCAGCAGCUGGAGCAGCAGCUGGCCAAAGAGGAGGAGAGGAAGACCCAUCCUGUAAUUGCUGGAGUGAUAGACCUGGCGACAGUGGAGACCUUCCCAGUUUUCCAAGCUGCUCAGCGUGGACUCAUUGAUCAGGACACAUGUCUGGCUCUCCUGGAAGCCCAGUUAGUUUGGGGUGGUCUUCUCCAACCUCAGUCUGGCGCCACUGCUUCACUGGAACUGGGAGAAAAUGAAGGACUUAUGCAGUUAAUCGAGGACUUGUGGACCGAUCACUCGCCCCAGGACUAG